AUGGCUGAUGAAAAGGCUCAGAUCCCCACCACCCGGUUCAAGGUUGAGCAAUAUUCCCCUUCUGGGGAUGGGAAUCAGGCUGGCAAUUCUCGACAUAUGCCGACGCGGCAUGGAAAUUUCUUGUCAGACCCUCAUGCAUUUGACCAUCAAUUUUUCAAUAUAUCUCCCCGGGAGGCAAAAUCCAUGGAUCCUCAGCAAAAGCUUCUCUUACAGGGAGCGCUGCGAGCACUGGAUGAUGCCGGAUACACCCCGAAUGCCACUCCUUCUUUCCAGACUGACACCAUGGGUUGCUAUAUUGGAGUUGCAACGGAUGACUAUGUCCAAAAUCUCAUGAACGAUAUCGAUGUCUACUCCUCCACAGGCACCCUACGGGCAUUCCUCAGCGGUAAGAUAUCCUAUGCCUUUGGCUGGAGUGGUCCUUCUCUGGUCAGCGAUACCGCAUGCUCAUCGUCUCUGGUGUCCAUCGCGCUGGCCUGUCGAGCCCUAGCGAAUGGGGACUGCUCAGCAGCCCUUGUGGGUGGGGUGAACGCCAUCACCAGCCCAGAUAUGUAUAUGAAACUCUCUCGCGCCCAUUUUCUCAGCCCUACUGGCCAGUGUAAGCCAUUCGAUGCCACCGCCGAUGGAUACUGCCGUGCUGAAGGGUGUGGGCUUUUUGUGAUAAAACGACUUGCAGACGCCGUUCAUGAGAAUGACCGCAUUCACGGAGUGAUCAGAGGCGUUGAGCUGAACCAGAGUGGAAAUGCCCAUUCAAUCACGCAUCCCCAUGUGGACACCCAAGAAAGGCUGAUGCAGAAAUUGUUGCGAAAAACCAAGCUUGACGCGAGAUCAGUAAAUGUGGUAGAGGCCCAUGGCACGGGAACCCAGGCUGGAGAUGCAACAGAGGCGUCAAGUAUUCAACGGGUCUUUGGAAGUACUACUGCAUCACGCCCAGUUUUCCUGACAUCUGUAAAAGCCAAUAUUGGACACGCAGAGGCAGCGUCCGGUGCGGCUGGCCUGGCAAAACUUCUGCUGAUGUUGCAGAAGAAGCGAAUUCCAGCUCAAGUGGGACUGAAAUAUCUCAAUCCAAAGUUGACGGCAUUGGCAUCGAAUAACAUCCGGAUCACUACUGUUGGCCAGGAUUGGCCCACAGGGCAAGAUGGUGAGGUACGACGGGCCUUGUUGAAUAACUUCGGUGCUGCAGGAUCCAAUGCCGCCCUCAUCUUGGAAGAAUAUUCGAGCCCUCUGGCCGUGAAGUUGCCGUCGCGGACGGCAUAUAACUUGAUCGUCUCAGCCAAGACCGAGGGCGCUCUUCAGCUGAUUCUCCAUGCUCUGCGUGAGAUGCUUCUUUCUGGGUCGAACAUUACAAUCCGAAAUCUAUGCUAUACCCUCACAGCCCGAAGGCAAGUAUAUGACUAUCGAGUUUCACUGGUUUGUAAGAGUACCAGCCAUUUGCUGGAACAACUAGCAAACCCUCCCGGGGUGACAUGCUGCAAAUCCAACCUGAAACCUCGGGUCAUUUUCGUCUUUUCCGGCCAGGGCAGCUUCUACGUGGGCAUGGGCAAGGUACUUCUGUCAACAUCGCCCGUAUUUCAGCAAACCGUCCAGCAGUGUGAUCUUAUACUCCAGAAUCUCGACUAUCCUGAGAUCAUGCCAAUCAUACGUGGUACACAGGUUCCUCGGCCAGGAAAAGAACAUCUUGUCUUGUCCCAAGUUGCUUGCUUUGUCGUCGAAUAUGCGCUGGCGUAUCUAUGGUUGUCCUGGGGUGUGCAGCCAGAGUUGCUCAUUGGCCACAGUAGCUUGGGAGAGUACGUCGCAAUGGCUAUCAGUGGUGUCCUUUCCUUAAAGGACGCACUAUGGCUUGUUUCACACCGAGCGCAGUUAAUGGCGGACAAUUGUCAGGUCGACGAAACAACCAUGUUGGCGUGUCAGAAGUCGGCCUCGGACCUGACAGAUGUUCUCAAGUCACAAGGCCCAGGGCUGUCACAUAUCACUCUUUCCUGCGAAAACACUGCACAUGAUUCAGUCGUUUCUGGCCCUCGAGAUGAGAUCCGUACACUGUCGGACCUGUUAAGUGCACAAGGUACUCGCUGCACGGAGCUUAAUGUGUCGCUGGGCUUUCAUUCCCCGGCAUUAGACCCUAUCAUCGAGCCACUGGAAAGGUUUUGCAGGGGUUUGCAGUUUUCAGAGCCCAAGUACCCAAUCGGGUCGUCAUAUCACGGCCGUUUACUAACUUCCGAAGAUCUUACCAGUGAAUAUAUCCCCAAGCAGACGCGUCAUGUGGUCCAAUUCGCGGCUCUUUUGUCCUCUUUGGAUCUCCAGGAUGGCAAGCGCCAUACGGCUUUUAUUGACAUUGGUGCUGCUCCAAUUACCCUCCCAAUGAUUCGAAAAGGAGUCACCUCUGACCGCAGUCUGUUCUUGCCCUCUCUGAAGAAAGACCAAGAUCCCUGGGAGACGCUGUGCGCAUCUCUACAGACCUUAGGCUUGCAGAACGAACCAGUCAACUGGCGCCAGGUUUUCAGCGGUACUAACGCCCGAAUCAUGGACUGUCCUGAGUAUCCGCUUCAAUAUAGCACUAUCCAUAUUCCAUUCCAAGAAAUGACUUGUAGCCACGAGCAGCAAAUCCCUUCAGCCACCCUGGAGAAGCCUCGGUCACUUCUGCUUCUCACGGACAAGGUCCAGGAAGAGUCGGCAGAUAGCCCAACUAUUUACAUGUCUAAAAUGGAAGUCCUCUCGAGCUAUUUGCUCGGUCAUGCGGUCGCGGCCAAUUUCUUGUGCCCUGCAUCUGUUUAUCACGAAAUGGCACUGGAAGCCGGUGUUACGGAUUCAUUGGUUGGGGAGAAUGAGAUGCUUGUUGUCAAGGAUCUCUCCUUCGAACGACCCCUUCUUUAUCAGACGAAGGAUGGAGGAACGGCAGUUUAUCUGUCUGUAAAACGAGUGGGAACUGAAUGGCAUUUUGAGGUUGCCUCAGGUGAUAAGUCGCUGCCUAAAGCCGACGUCAAGCACUGCUCUGGAUUACUGUUACCCGUCCCUCUGUCUGAGACUCGGAGGUAUCUGACUCGCAAAGCUGCUUACAUGAAGCGGCAAAUGCAUCACCUACAGGGAAGCCAUACCGUCAAGAAUGUCUUCCAUACAAAGGCUAUCUACAACGUGAUCUUCUCUCGCGUUGUACAAUAUUCGCCAGAGUACCAUUCCUUGGAACGGCUCACCGUCGCCGAGGAUGCUUUGGAGGCAUUCGGGGCGUUCAAGGUGCCAGGGGAAUCUAUCAAGGCCCGCGGAGUGCUCUCUCCGGUCUUUGUUGAUACGCUACUGCAUGCCGCAGGCUUCGUCGCCAACAGCCACAUCCCACUUUCUGAUGUCUGCAUCUGUGUGCGAGUGGAGAAUGUUCGCAUCCUUUACCAGGAUCUGGAUCAAUCCCAGCGGUAUUCUUUAUAUUGCAGCUUGCUGGACGGUCAGGAUGGCACCUUAGUUGGAGAGGCUUUUGCCAUGACAGAGGCAGGCAUUGUUGUUGCUUGCGUCGAAGGGAUGCACUUUAAAAAAGUCAAGCUGAGGACCCUCCAUGAUCAUCUUUCCCGGCAGAGUCAACGUCACCCCAGUGCCAGCCCGAGUGCUGCUCCGAGUCAGAUGCCUAAUCCCGUCGAUGAUCGUCAUCGACGAGCAGAGAUGUCUAUUGCCACAGCGCGGCAAAAAGUGAUGGAGUUGGUUUCUGCUACAUGCGGCAGGCCAUUGCACUCCAUCACACAAGAUUGCAAACUUUCUUCUCUUGGGGUAGACUCGUUAAUGAAGAUAGAGCUGUGUGCCUCCCUGAGCAGCCAGUUUGCAAACGGUCUCUCGUUGAGCUCUGCAGAAUUGGACGAACAUGCAAGCGUUCGGAAAAUUCAAGAUUUUGUGGCUGCGCGUAUGCUGCCACCAUCAGACCAUGACCAAAUCAAAGAUGAUGUCGGUGUGCAGAGCCCAGAUGUGCAACACAAGGUAUUCCCUAGUCAGGAAUCGUCCGGGCAUGCAUCCAGUAACUCGGAAUUACAACAAGCAACAAAGUAUUUGAGCGAUAGCUUUUCUCAGUCGGCAGGACUCGAAAGGCUGGUAAAAAUAUUCAGCGAUGUCUGUGGAAUUCCAGAGAACAAGAUCAAUCACGACAUGACACUGGCAAACCUCGGGCUAGAUUCCAUGAUGGCUAUUGAAGCCCGGGAGUUCCUGGAACACGAAUUUGGCAAAGGUAUUUGUUGGGAGGAUCUCGAUGCAGAGCUUAGUGUCAGUGAUCUUGCAUUUAGACUGUAUUCCACUCCCGACGGGCAACUUUCACCCUCCACAGCUACAUCGGGAUCGCUGUUCCCUCCUCUUGAGGGGGCACAGGAGAAUCUACCAGAUCCCGUCCUCACUAUGCUUCAGGCUGGCUCUCCAAAACUUCCCACGUUAGUCCUCUUCCAUGAUGGAAGCGGCACUAUUGAGAGCUACAGAAGACUCGACAAGAUAGGUUGCAAUAUCAUGGGCGUUGCAAACCCGCCACUGAAGAGCUCCUCCCAUUGGGCAGCAGAUCUCAAAGAUAUGGCCCGCCGAUAUGCAUCGACCAUCAAAGCGUCUGCGAUCAGUCCGAUUAUCCUUGGAGGAUGGUCGUUCGGAGGUGUAGUGGCCCAUGAGGUAGCCCAGCAGCUCCAAUCUCAAGACUACGAUACUCUUGGAAUCAUUUUGAUUGACUCCCCAUCCCCUCUCAAUCAUGAGCCACUUCCCAGUGCGGUUAUUGAUCACAUUCUGCAUCCAGUACAUGCUACAUCACCCAGGAUUACUGAGCAGUUUGCCCACCAUGCGCGGUUCCUCGCCGACUACCGCCCUAGUGGCUCUAUUCCAGAGGAUAGAGUGUACGGAAUGUUACACAGUCAAGAUUGUUUUGACACCACACGUCUGUGCGGUGUAAAAUACCCUUGGCUCGAGGAUGCGAAUGCGAGAAUCGAAUCGCUCUCCAAUUGGCAAAGUGUUAUCGGUCAAGAACUCCUUGUUUUCGAUAUACCGGGUAAUCACUUCGAGCCCUUCAAACCUGCAAAUGUUCAUGAUGUAUCUGAGAAGCUACAAAAGGCUCUUGCGGCUAUUGUCAAGGCGAGGUUUCAAGGUUGA